CUCCUCACCCUCCACACAGGCUUCCGGACUGGACGGACACUGGGGAUAAAACAGGCCUGAAGAGUCUCAGAAGCACUGGUCUGCAUCCGACUGCCCUUGAACUCUGGUCUCCUGUUGGCACCUCGGCAACAUGAGCCUCAGAGUGGGUUUCUGUGUCUUCCCCAUCUCCGGGCUACUGCUCCUAGGGCUGCUGCUCCUUCCAGCUGUGGUCGCAGGCACCAGCGAACCUGAAGAAGGAGAGGGGGAUCUGCAGUGCAUGUGUUUGAAGACCACCCCCCGCGUCCAUCCCAAGUUCAUCAUCAGACUGGAGGUGAUCCGAGCUGGACCCCACUGCCCCACCUCCCAAAUGAUAGCCACGCUGAAGACUGGGCAGCAAAUUUGCCUGGACCCUCAUGACCCCUUAAAUAGGAGAAUGAUCCAGAAACUUGCGGGAAGUAAACCACUAGCUGACUGAAUCUGCGCAUUCACUGUAUAGUGUAUUUUGCUUUCCCUCCUCCAUUUUCAAUCUAUCUGUGGAAAAAUCCGACGUUUUAUUAUCCUUCAAAUUCUAAAUAAAGAAAGUCAAUCGCA